UAACUUGACCAAUCAUAUUAUCAUGCUUCAUCUUGAUCCUUAUAUUACCUACUAUAUUGAUGGUAGUUAUGGUGUGACACCUAUUUCCGGUGAAAUUAGUGCCUCUUUGGUCCAGCUCCAAUAUUUGGAGUAUUUGAAUCUUAGUUACAAUGAUUUCACUAAAAUCCCAAAGUUUAUAGGAGCCUUCACAAAUCUCAAAUAUCUUGAUUUGUCAGAUAAUUCUAUAACUGGAAAUAUUCCUUCAGAACUUGGAAACCUCACCAAGUUACGUUAUCUUGAUUUUUCAUGGAAUUAUAUAACUGGAAAUAUUCCUUCAGAACUGGGAAACCUCACCAACUUACGUAUUCUUGACCUUAGUCACUAUAGUGGUUUGACUGCUAAUAGUUUCAAAUGGCUUUCUCACCUCUCUUAUCUGAGAAUCUUUAAACUGGGUGGUACAAACUUCAGUAAAGCCAAAGACUGGUUUCAUUCAUUUAAAACAGCUCCCUCCUUAUCAACCUUAGAGCUAGUUUAUUGUCAAUUUCCAGAGCUAGAUGAUUCCUCUUUUUCUCAUAUCACAAACUCUACCAAUUCUAUCACAACUCUCGAUGUCUUUAGUGCAUUUGGGUCUACAACAGUUUCUCGCUUGCUUAAUUUGAGCAAUAAUCUUGUUGAUCUCUCUCUGGAUGGUUAUUAUUAUUUCAAUAUCGAAAGUAGUCCUAUUCCAAUUCCAGAUUCUUUUGACAAUUUGAAAUAUCUAAGGCAUUUAAAUUUGGGUGGAUUUGAUGGGGAAGUGCCGAAAUCUAUAGGGAGUCUUUGCAGGCUUCAAGAAUUACAUUUGUCCUAUAAUGAAUUCAAUUCCACCAUCAUUGAUAUCUUGGAAAGCCUCCUUGAUUGCAAUAACAACUCGUUAGAAAUUCUUAAUUUGUCUCGGAAUAGUCUAAUUGGACCACUGCCUAGAGAUUUGUCAAGAUUUUUGCACUUGAGAGAGUUGUAUGUAUCAGACAAUAAGUUCAGUGAUACUUUACCAGAGAGUAUCGGCAAGCUCACUAGUCUUGAGUUAUUAGACAUUUCCAAUAAUUCUUUCAGCGGAUUUGUCUCUGAAACACACCUUGAGAAACUCUCCAAAUUGAAACACCUUGACUUAUCUUCCAACUCUUUAACUUUGAAAAUGAACAUCACAUGGGUUCCUCCUUUUCAACUCCAAUAUAUCAAUUUGAAAUCUUGCAUGAUAGGUUCACAAUUUCCUUCUUGGCUUCAAACACAGUCAAAUAUUUCAUAUAUUGAUUUAUCUUCCAAUCUUAUCAAAAGCACCUUGCCAAAUAGUCUAUUGGAAUCUAAUAAUAAGUCUCCAUACGUUGAUUUAAGCUCUAACAAAUUUCAUGGAUGUAUCCCACCAAAUCUUCUUCUCAAAGCAAGUGUAUUAUUUCUUUCCAACAAUACUCUCACAUGUUUUGAGCCUCUCUUUUGCGAUCAAAUUGAUGGAACAAUGCAGCAUCUUGAUCUUUCUAAUAACAAGUUAUUUGGAAGCAUUCCAAACUGUUUGUUCCAUUUAUUACGACAUUUGUCCUAUCUCAAUUUGAACAACAAUAGGUUGUCUGGUGUGAUACCAAGCUCAAUAGCUUCCUUGUAUAGAAUUCAAGCACUAGGUUUGAGGAAAAAUAACUUGUCAGGAACUUUACCAUCAUCCAUGAAGAAUUGUACACAAUUGUCACUUCUAGAUGUUGGAGAGAACAGCUUGGCAGGAACUAUACCAAAGUGGAUUGGGGAAAUACUAACAGAUUUGGUUGUUUUGCAACUAAAGUCUAAUCAUUUUUAUGGAGCAAUACCAUCAACUCUUUGCCAUCUACAAUACAUUCAGAUUUUGGACAUUUCCCAUAAUAGGAUAUAUGGAGCUAUCCCAUCUUGUAUGAAUAAUUUCACAUCCAUGGCAGAGAAAUCUGAAGAAUAUGAUGGUCGUAGUGUAUAUUUUGAGAAGUCAAUAAUAUGGAAAGGGAAGGAAUAUGAGAAUAUACAAAAUUUGAAAUUAUUUAGAGUCAUUGACCUUUCAAGUAAUAAAUUGAUUGGAGAGAUACCUAUAGAGUUGACUUAUCUUGUGGGACUAAAUCAGUUGAACUUGUCGAGAAAUAGUUUGGGUGGAGCCAUACCUCAGAACAUUGGGAAUUUAAGUCGACUAGAAUCACUAGAUUUGUCUCAUAACAAUUUUAGUGGAAAAAUUCCUACGGGCUUGGCAGAAUUAUCUUUUUUGGCAUACUUGAAUCUAUCAUUUAAUCAUUUGUCAGGAAAGAUCCCCACAGGUACUCAAUUGCAAAGUUUCGAUGAUUCUUCAUAUGUUGAAAAUUUUGGAUUAUGUGGACUUCCUCUUUUGACUGAAUGCCGUGGAGAUCAUGCAACUUCUAGAAAUCAUGAACUUCAUCAAGAAUGGUUUGAUAUGUCAUGGUUUUUCAUUGGUCUUGAAUUUGGAUUUGCUCUUGGUUUUAUUGGAGUUUGUGGAGCUUCGUUCCUAAACUUUUAUCGAAGACUUGCUUAUUUUCGGUGCUUAAAUAUAUUUGAAGAUUGGCUUUAUGUGAUGAUAAGCGUUAAAGUUUCUAAAUUGAAGAGAUACUUCAAUGCUAAAUGAGUCAUUUUUGGAGAUCUCAUCUUGGAGAGCUGUGGAAAUUAAUGGACGAGAGAACUCGAAAGAGAAGAAUAAAAAUUUAGUGAUUGCUCAUUAAAAUUUCUUUGAGAUAUAUAUGUGUACUAGCUAGUCUAUUUUCAGCUAUAUAUAUAGCAUGUUAUCAUUUGUAUUUCUUUUUUGUUUUUUUUCUUUCUAGUAAAACACUUUAUAUAUGGAUAUGAUAUUUUAUGUAUGAAAUAAAUAAAUGUAUCUUUUUGUUA